AUGUCAGGUCAAUCUGAUCAAGACUUCUUUGCUGAAUUGGGAGAGAUAAAUGUUGACCCUCUUGACUUGUUGUUUCCACAAGGAUUCAAUGGAGAGGAGCAGAAAGAGAGCAAGGCCUUGGAUCCAUACAGUUUGGCCAUUGAAAUUAGGUUUGCCCCGACUGAUGUGGAGCUUGUGCUUUACUACUUGAAGAGGAAGAUAUGUGAGAAACGUUUUGAGCUGGAUAUUAUUCGCGAUGUUGAUGAUUACAAGUGGGAUUCUCAGGAGUUCCCUGAGCUAUCCCCAUUGGAGAGCGGCUGGCAAUGGAACUUCUUCGGUCCAAGGGAUAGGAGAUAUCACACUGGAGCAAGGUCAAAUAGGAAAACCCGACAGGGGUGGUGGAAAGCUACAGGGAGAGAUCGCAGUGUUGUGUACACUUCUCGAAAAGUCGGAGUUAAAAAGACCUUGGCUUUCUAUAGAGGUCGUGCACCAAGAGGAGAGCGAACUGAUUGGAAGAUGCAGGAGUAUACUUUGAGUGAAGAAGAACUCAGGGGACGGGCAAAUGUGCAGGAUUUUUAUUCCCUUCACAAGCUUUGCAAAAAAGGUGAAAUGGAUUUCAUGGAAAUUGAUCUCGGUCCACAGCCUAAUAUCUCCGAGACGGUGUGA